CAAUUCUUAUAAAGGAAAAAUAUUUAAUGGAGUGGCUUACGUUUUCAGAGCUUUAGUGCAUUAUCAUCAUGGAGCAAUAUCAUAGCAGCAUACAGGCAGACAUGAUGCUGGGAGAGGGAGCUGAGAGUCCUACAUUUGACCUGAGGGCAACAGGAAGUGGUCUGGAACACUGGGCAUGGCUUGAGCAUAUAUAAGGCCUCAGAGCCCACGCCCACAGUGACACACUUGCUCCAACAAAGCCAUACUUCCUAAUAGUUCCACUCCCUAUGAGUUUAUGGGGGACAAUUACAUUCAAACUACCACAAGGGGGAAGAAAAGCUACAAUGAAAUGAAGAGCAAAAAUAAUGUUUUUAGACUUUACAUGCCAGUUCUGUUUGUUAUUAAAUGGUUGUAUAUUCUAAAUCUAUAAUUCUUAGAUGUGAGUACUCUAUUGGGAAGAUGUAAGCAAUCAAUAUAAUGUGCUCAGCUGAUGGCCAAUCAUCUAGUCUAUUUGUUUCAACAUUGCAUGCACACACAAUGCCCAUGCUUUACCAAUGUGCUUUUUAUCCCCAGCCCUCCUCACCCUUCAUCUGGAGCUCCUUACACCCAAGAAGGGGAAGUUUGAGAUAAAUUAUCUAAUCAUGUUACAACUCCACAGAAAGAUGUGACGCAAGAGACUAAGCUUCACAUUUGGUGAAGUUGAACACAUUACUUAUUUUAUUCCUCAACUCAUUUCAUAGAGCUUUGUGAGUCAUGGUUGGAGACUAGCCUUUCUGGGUCCCACAUGUUACACAUUUAUUCACUUAGAAACAAUUCAAUUUAUGCUAAUGUGAAAUUGACAGUUUUCAGUCCUGAAUAUUUCUGGAAGCAGUCUUUAAUUUCAAGGCAGAAUCUCAUUUUUAACUUCUGUCAUGAAUGAACUCAUCCUCUGAUAACUGUGUGUAUGCUGCUACUCUUCCUUCUUCCAACACACACUUUGUCUAUGUAUGCAUAACCACGUGCAACUUUAACAUUUUAGUCUCUAGGGACCUAUUAUAUUCUUUCUCUGAGAAGCAGUGUUUUGAUCAUAUUCAUCCUCUUUGCCCUACUCUUCCCAUGUCCAUUCCCUUCCUCACUCACCCAUUUUGUAUGCUUUUUAAACCUAUCAAGGCCAGUUUAUGUUGCCCAGUCAUUCUUGAGUGUGUGAUUUUUCCACUGGAACAUGGUCAACUCAUCACUGUAUUUCAGUUACUUUUACUUAAAUGCAUCCAUUUAUCAGCAGAACCGGGGAAAGAAGGGACGUCAAGAGAGGAACAGAGAAAGCAUGAUGGCCUUGAAAAAGCUCAGUCAUUGAUUGCCUCUGAGCACAUUCCACAGAAACAGGAUGUGAUUACUUUAACUGUGACUACAGAUCAAAGAAGACAAACUAAGCCGACCAUGCUAAUGAAAGGUCCGUGCAAAGAAGAGACAUCAACAGAAGAUGAAAGAAAGUGUGAUAGCCGUGAAAGUGUUCAGUCCUUGGUACGUAAUAAUUUAAAUCGAAGGAUUUAA